AUUCAUAUUUUUCACCAAAAUUCUUAAAUAAUGUCACAACUACAUGUAUUCGGGUGUUGAAUUUCACCGAUAAUGGUUCUUCAAGUUGUAAACAACUGCCAAGUAUUUUAACAUACACGGAUGGAAUAGAAUUCUUACGAUUACCAAUAUCAAAUCUUGUUCAAAACGACAGUUCUACUUCAGAAUCAGUUUCGCUCAUUAAUAAUACCAUACCAAUCAGUUCAUUUAUUUGUAAGAAUUUAAGUAAUGCAGUAAUAUCCUGUCCAACAUCUCCACCAUCUUCACUUGAUUCAGCCAACCGGACAUGUUUGCAUGUGAUCACAAGUGUGAAGUUUAUUAUGGUUUACAAUCAAAAUGGUAUAAUAAACGUUUCAGUUGAAUUUAUCAUGGCAAAUAUCACAACUACACUAUUUGAACAAUUUCAUACAAUACAAUUUAUUGAAGAAAAAAAUCGAUUGCCUAAUACAAUUGCUCUAACUAUGGACUUGAAUUAUCUAAGUGGAAAUCCAGGUUACCUAAACAAUUAUCCUAUUCGAGCUGGUUAUAUUGAGAAUGUGAAUACUACUACUACUAUUAAUACUACUCGUACUACUACUACUACUACUGCUAACCCAUAUAUUGUGAUGAAAUCAUAUCCUACUGCGAAUCCUACAAUUCAUCUAAAUGAAAAUGGUCGAAUGAAUUUUGGUUGGUGGCCUAUACCGAAUGCCGGUGAUUGUACAGAAUACACUAAUCCAUUGAAUACAAUAUUAUUUGGAAGAAAUAUUUUCACUUCAUGUAUAUUAAGACUUAAGCCAUGGCAAGAGUAUAAUUAUACAAAUUGUGAUCCAUUGGAACAAGUUAUUCGCCUAUUAUUAAAUCUCAAUAAACCACCUAUUACUCAUAUUGGCAUAUGGGGUAAUGCAGAUAAUAAGCGUAUGACAGAUUGGAUUAAAUUGGAUAUAGUCGAUGCGAAACAAAAUAAUAAGAUAGUUUUUUCGAAUGGGACAAAAUCUUGGUCAUGUCAAAAUAUCAUUAUAGGUCAAACAAUUAAUAUUUAUUAUGCUCGAAAAGGUACUCUAUACAAUCCAAAAAAUCGUAUUAUUUCAGUGAAUAAAGUUUACAAACGUGGAAAUAUUGAAUAUAAAUGUUAUGGUUAUGCGUGUAUAGUAGUAGACGAUAGUCAAUUAAAUCGUGAACAGAAAUUCUUCCUUUUUACAAAUGUAAUAUUUCAUGAUUUAACUGUACUAUGAAAAUUGACUGUAUUGGAACUAAGCUG